GGUGGUAUGUGCCAGUCACUGUGCAAAAAGCCUCUGUUUCAGCCCCAACCACAAAAAAAUAAAAAAUAAAAAAAAUGAGCGAGAAGGAGACGCUCCACCACCACCACCACCGCCGCCGCCUCCCCUCCACCGCGCCGUCGCCGUCGCCGUCGCCGCUCGACGACGACGACCUCCUCCAGGAGAUCCUCCUCCGCCUCCCGCCGGACGCCUCCACGCUCCCCACCGCCUCCGCCGUCUGCAAGCGCUGGCGCCGCCUCGCCUUCGAGCCGGGCUUCCGCCGCCGCUUCGUCGCCCGCCACGAGCCCCCCUUCCUCGGCUUCUUCUUCCCCUACGACUUCGAUCCGGUCUUCUCCUUCAACGCCGGCUUCCGAUCCACCACCGCCCAGCACCACCUCCCCGCCCACCGGUUCCUCCCCGAGAGGGAGAUCGGGCUGCGGUGGGAGAUCGUCAACUGCUGCAAGGGCCUUGCCCUCUUCAGGAUCACAUUCCGCGGGGGAUGCAAAUGCAAGGAAUUCAUGGUGGUUGAUCCCAUCUCCGGCGACCGCCGCCUCCUGCCCUUCCCGCUCGUCGACGGCAAGUUCCUCUCCGCCACGGUGGUUCCUGCCGCCGCCGAUCGCCGCUCGUUCCGCGUGGUCGCCGUAUUCGCCGAGAGGAACACCUUCACCAGCGUGUUCGCCUCCGUUUAUUCGUCAGAUGCCGGUGUUUGGAGUGAUUAUGUCUCGAGGUUGUGUCUCCCAUGGGAGGUCUGGGUGUUGCGGCCGAGCGUUCUUGCCGGAAAUGCGGUUCACUGGUUUCUUGAUGGCUAUAAUGUGCUCAUGUUUGAUUUGGAGAGUCAGAAGCUGGGAUUCAGUGAGCUACCGCUGGAUGCGAAGGAUGAUGAGGAUUUCCCUCACCGGUGCCGGUGUCAGAUCAUACCGGCGGGUGAUGGCCGGCUUGGCCUCGCGGUUAUAGUUGGAUCCACAAUGCAAUUGUGGGAGAGGGAGAUUGGAGAUGGCAGUGAUGCCACAUGGUUGCUGAGGAGAACCCUCCAGCUGAACUUUCUUCCCCUAGAAGCGGAGGGGCGUAAACUGAUUGUGGGUGUUGCCGAGGAGAAUAGCUCCAUACUUCUUUGGACGCGUGUUGGCCUGUUCAUGGUCCACCUCAAGUUUUUGCAGAUGGUAGCUCAUUUGUGGAUAUGGCAGAUCUUUAGUCCUGCUCAAUAUAUUAGAUGAUUAAACCUCUGAUGAAUUAUUAUCUACUCUUUCGCCAAGGAUCUUGACAGGAAUAUUACCUGAUAGCUGUUGUGAGUUCUGAUGUUUAGGGCCUUUUUUAGUUGGUUACUAACUUUGUCACAACUAAAUCUGUCAAAGUGCGGUAAGCCAAUAAAGUAUGGUGUAUGAAAUAGUUCGCUAUAAAAUGUGGCGAAGUUUGGAUCAAAAUCGAGCAUACGACAUGUGGAUAAGUGGGUUAGUAAGUGAAAAUUGCAACGGUUAUAGUAAAUAAACCCUUGUUUAACUUAGCAAGAGUUUUAACCUCUUGAAAAUUUUUCUUCAGUCUUAUCUCUUUCAUCCAAUUUGUACGGACUGAUCAAAUGGUUAUUUUUACGUUUUGCAA